AUGACGUUGCUGAGUCCCAAUCAUAAGGAACUGAGCGGGGGAGCCCCCUCGCGAACCUCCCAGGCCGAACUUGCUGCACUCAGCGUUCGGAUUGGAAUAGCCUUCGAGUUUAUGAACCCUGCUGCUCGCGAAACCGAGUCGCAGCAAGUUGAGCGCCACAUGCGUAUCGUGUAUGCUAUCCCUGAGCAUCGGGAAUACAUGCGAACUGGAACAUCAUCAGAGCCCGUGCUGGCUGAGGCGGCUUCAAAUUAUCUUCAUGAUGUCUCUGGGGAUGGUGGAAUAGCUGUUCUAGCCCCCCGAAUCCUGGCAGACAACUGUCAAAAGGGGUUUCUUGCAAGAGGCGAGCGAGGAGAGCUUUGCGGCCGACUUCUGGUGACAAUUGCACACGAUAUUGCUUUGACAAGAGCCCCUUAUACAAUCGGCCUACCGUUGGAGGAUCUUGAACCAAUAUUUCAUCGAGCUGUGCCUGUUCUGGCCUUUCUCCGUUCACUGUUUGCGAGCGAACAUCACGAAGCUAUCCUGAAGGCAACCCCAGUGUCCGACGAAGAGGAAGGAAAAUCUUUAGAGGUCGUGUUUAAGGAUGCUUUUAUUUCUUUCUCUCAUUUCGCUCUUGCCGAGGACUCCGAUAUGCUGUCGUCUAAAGCGCUUAGGACAGCCCUGUUCCGCGGGAUGGCGAUGCAAGCUAAGGACAACCAGCCCUCAAUCGAUGCGGUAAUUCCGAUACAUAUGGGGUCUAUUGAUCAAGCAAUCACGACGGAGACCACUUCUGCAAUCAACCUUCAGUUCAAGAACCGGAAAAACUCUCUCGACUGCUCUGUCGACCGCACAAUCACAGAUGCUGAUACGGAGAAACCAGUGAUAUCAAUUGUGUUUGAGUUCGGAGAGACGAAUGACGCGCUUCCACGCAUACAAGUUCGCCACGAACAUCAUCGCAGAACCCGAAGCAAUAGAACUCACCCUGACGACAAACACUACUCGUUUGUUACUCGCGGCUUUGGUCCAAAAACUUACGAGUCGAUUCCUGCCGAAGCCACGCGAUACUACCGGGCCAUAUUGGCUACCCGUGGUCUGAAGGAUGAUUUCCCUCGAGCCAAGAGCGCGUGUUCGUGGAGGCUCCUUAGGGAACUGAAGCCCACUUUCGACGGCACAGACUGUUGCGCUAAAUGGGACAGCUGGGCCUGA